UCGGGGCGCCGUCCGCCUCGCGUCUUCGCCCAGCCGCGGAGCAUCCCCCCGGCGGAGGUAAUUACCGCAGCUCCCCGGGCCCGCCGUGGGCGUCCUCGGUCCCCGGCACAUCUCCUGCCUAGCACCCCCGCCGCCUCCCGCGGCCGCCGCCCCGGCCCUGGUUUCUUCGCGCUGCGGCCGCCCGCCGGUUCCUCCGCCAGUCUCCUCAACCAGGUCCGCCCUCCACCCCGGGCCUAGUCCCUUCGCGCUGCGGCUUCCCUAGCUUCCGCCAGCCUCCUCAGCCAGAGAUGGGAUCUUGCUUUGUUGCUCAGACUGGUGUUGGACUCCUGGGCUCAAGUGAUCCUCCUGCCUAAGCCUCCCAAAUAGGUGGGACUACAGCAUCUUAUGACUGGUUUUACUUAAUUGACCUUUGAUAUCUCAACAAGCAUGGAGAUAAGAUUAGAAGUUUUGACAUCAACAAGUAUCAAGCAGAAAAAACCCUGGCCGAGAGUUUCCUGGUUGGGACAGGAAAAUGAAGCUGUUUUUCUUUUGGAUGAUAAAUUCAUCAAUGAGAUUAAUUUGCUGUCAGGAAGAACAAAGAAGAAGAUUCCUAGUCUACAGCCUUUGUUGAAGGAUGUUUUUGUCCUAACAACAUCCAGUAAUGAUGCCUGGCUGGCUGGGGUACUCACUACAGGGGAACUUUUCCUUUGGAACAAAGAUCAAGAUUGUUUGAAAACUGUACAAGUAACUGAACAGCCUAAGGAAAUGAUUAAAGCCUCAGUAGGAAAUUCUUCAAGACUGCACUUGUUUGUUUCUGGAAAUGGAAAACGAGUUCUACUUAUAGCACCUUCUGGCUGUGUAUUUCUUUGGGAAUAUUUGGAAUUAAAGAAUAUUGUAUCUUUGAAAAACCUCUUAUUGGUGGGUCAUUGGUCCCAGAUCUUACCUGAAGAAGCAGUUCUUUUGCCUUCCACUGAUGAUAAAGAAGCUGUAGUGAAUGCUGUUUUUGUAGAAAAUGAGUUAUUUGGUGACUGCUGCCUGUGUUCAUUUACAUUUUAUUCUGGGGAAUGCCUGAAGUUAACAUUUCUAGCAAUUCGGUGGCACGAGAAUGUGUUUACCCCUUUAAGGUCAUCCCCCUACCAUGUUCAUUGGGUACAACAGGACUGUCUUCUGAGUAGUCUGAUACCCACAUGUGAAUCCAUAAAGUCAAGAGGAGCUCUGAUUUCUGCAUUUUCAAGAGAUGGCCUCACCCUAGCAGUAACUCUCAAUCAGACAGACCCAAAGGCAACUCAGGUAUUAUUUAUAAACACAGUGAAUUUUGUUACUCUCUGUGGUAGCCUUAAAGGAUGUAGUAAUAAGAAUCCUGUGGUUCCAGCUACACUUGUCAGGUCCUAUUGGGUAGGUGAUGUCAGCUGGACACAUGAUAGUCUUUUCCUUGCUUGUGUGUUAAAACGUGGUUCCAUGCUGUUAUUGACCUGCCAAGGCGAAUUACUAACAUUAAUUACAUUUGGUUGCUCUAUUGAAUUUGGGCCAGCAGAAUUUAUUCCUCUUCAUCCACUAAUAACAUACAGACCACAGCAGUUUACAUUUCAAGAUUCAAAUAAUUCUGUAGAUUCAUCAGCUUCUGAUAGUGACCCUAUGAGACAGAGGUUUUCUAUAAAAGCACACUCACGGUUACCCUACCUCAUUAUUUCUGAUGGAUACAUGGUCACAACCCUUCGAUUUCUUGAUAACCUGUCUCCAUCAGUGCUCAUGAGAUCACUUCUACUUGAUUCAACCCAGAGGCUUGAGAAAACAUACCAAAGUGUGAUGUUGUCUAAGCCAAAAGGCAAAGGACUGAACUUGCGAUCACUGGAUUCCCUAAGGUCUAGCCUGUUAAAACACCAAGGAAAUGAAAGUUCAGCUGAUUCUACUGUUCCCAAAUUUUUGCAAACAGAAGAAACAAUAAAGCCAAAUGAAAAAACAGAUUUUCAGGAUUUUGAAGCAGAAGAAACUAAUGAAGGCAAAUACUUUCCAAAUACCUUAUUUCCUUUAUGGAACCAAAAAAGUGAUCCUCUGUUUAGCAGUGCCAAUGAGGGAAGAUUGGAAUUUGCAUCUAUGUUUGAUACGAUACAUGCAAAGGAUGACACCAAGAAGACAGACAGAACCAUUACAGAACUACAUGCUAUCCAGAAAAAUCUACUUGCAGCAUGGACUGUAGGAAUUUCAAAAAAUGUGACAGAAAAAAGUUUAAUGUUAAAUUAUACAGUAAUUUGUAUCACCCAUUUUUUCUAUAUUCUUCAGUUUGUAAAAUGUCCUUUUCCCAAACUUAAUCUUUUUUUAAGCAAGAUCCCAAAACAUAACACAUGGGUACUUUGUAUCUUUCAACUCUUUCAUCAGUGUUUAUCCACCCAGUAUUGGGAUAUAAGAUACAGGCAAGAUGUGAGACAUUUGAUAAAACUGACUUCAAAUACUAUAAAGCUUUUGCUGACUCAGCAACAGAAAGGUUACUUGUUCUCAGAGAAACUUUUUGCCUGCUUUUAUUUACUCAGAAUGGUAGCUGACAAUUUAAAUGGCAUAUAUAGGCUUCAACCUGAAGUAAUUUCAGCAUCAGCUGAUGGAAGUAGUACAGCAGAUCAAGACUCAUUGGUGGUAUCUAUUUUUCAAAUGUUUCAAGACAGUGAUUCUCAGGAAAACUGGUCUUGGAAGUCAUCUUUCAAGAUUCAUCCUCAAGUAACAAAUCUUGUUCAACAGCCAAGUCACAGAUUGAUUGCUCUCUGGAGAAUAUUGUACAAAAAAACUUUAUGGUAUCAAGCACAAUUAAGUCAAAGAAUUCCUGAAGAUGACAGACAGUUAGUUGAAAAUAUAGCAAAUGAAGCAUCUACUGUCAAGUCCUUGUUAUGUCAUAUACAGGCUAACUUACAGACUGCUGGAGACCACUUGAAUCAGACCUUAGAACUUACAUCAAUCAAUGGUGAAGAAUGUUUCCUGUUAGGAUCUUAUGAAAAGUCUGUUCAACUGUGGAAGAAAGCUCUAGAAGAAACCAAAGAGACAGGAGGAAGAAGGAGCUGUUUUCUUCAGAUACGAUAUUACCUCUCUCUUUUAUACUGCCACCUCUAUAGAUACAAUUUAAAUGAUGCUCAAGGAUUAUGUGAUCAGCUAGUAAGAGAAAUACUGAGAUGGUCCCAAAUGCCUGUUAAAGAAAAUGAACAUUGUUCAGACCCUGAGUGGUCUUGCUGUGAGUCUGCAGUGUCUGGACAUGUCCAUCCCGAGGCUGCACUAAGAGUCAUCCAAGCUAUGGCUCGUUUCAUGGCUGCCUAUUUCACCAAUCAGCUGCUUUGCAUUUUCCCCCCUCACAGUGUGAAUGUUCUUCCUCCACUUCAUAUUAAAGCAGAGCAGUCCCUUCGACUUAUUCCUCUGCAGCACUCCAAGGUGGCCAGUAUUGUUAGAGAUCAGAAUCUUUCUAAUGUGUGGACAGUUGAGUAUGCCCUUGAAUUAUUAUUCAUUGGUGGCCUGGUUCCAGAGGCAGUGUGGUUAGCAUAUAAACUUGGAGACUGGAAGACAUCUGUUGCUAUUGGUGUGGCUUUCCAGCUGUUCUGUAAACAUGAUAGCAGUUUUGUGAGGUCCAAGAAAAAGAGUCCAAAGCUACCAUUAAAUAUGACUCCAGCUCACAUUUUUCAGAAAAAAUUGCAGUGUUUCUUAGGUCAACCAGCCUCUUUGGAAGCAAAAAAGGAAAUGGGCUCAAAAUAUAAACAAUUUACAGAUCCCAUUGAAGAGGAAGAUGCAAAUCUGCUAUUUGAUUCAGUGCAAGAAGUCCUAAAAGCAUCAGUUAUGGCCGAUGCAGAUGUUCUUUCAGACACAUUACAGCAUCUGAUAGACUCUGCUAAGGACUUCAGUAAGAGACUGUGGGGCUUAGUGCCUGCUGGCUUGUAUCUUCCGGCUCCUCCAUUAUAUUGUCCCCAGCCAGCUAUUCUUAGUGAAGAAGAUGGAGAUGAUCUUCUUGUAAAAGCUGAAAAAGACAAUCGCCAAAAAGUAUCUGGAAUCCUUCAGCGAGUUCUCUUGCUCUUCCGGGCAGCUCGGUGUUCUUUUCCUGUAGCACAGUGGUACAUUCUGCAGCUGAGGUGGGCAAGAAAAGUCAUGCAAAAGAUUCGAAUGAAAGGGUCUCUUCCGUCAUUGAGUCCUUUCCCCGAGUCCUUACUUAAUUACUGUAAAGGAGGAGUAGCAUUCUUCAGACCUGGAGCAACUGGAGACCACAAGCUUGAUGAAGUUUCCAUUAGAGCAAUUGGUUGCUUCAGAGAACUUUGUGCUUUGUGCUGGGUGCUACAUAUUCGUGACAAAUUAUCCUAUAAUUGCAGGCAAUAUCAGAAAGCAAGAGAAAAUGUAAUGGGAGAAAAGGACUUUGAAGUGGAGUUUGAUUCCUGUAUGGUUGAGCACUGUCUCAGCGCAGUGGAAUGGGCUUAUAGAAUGCUGCCUUUCUCUCGGUUUUUUAAUAUUGAAGAACUUAUUCAGGAUUUAAUUUUGAGCCUUAUUGGAGAACUGCCACCAAUCAGAAAGGUGGCAGAGAUUUUCGUGAAAGCAUUUCCCAAUCCUGAGGAAGUAAGAGUUCCAUUAAGAGAGAAGUACCACUCUCUUCGACAGAGACUCAGACGCUGUGUUGUAAAAGGUCCCCAGACUGAGGAAAUGAUGUCUGUUGUCAUGCAUUCUAUCCAUAAAGUGAGGGUAAAAGCUCUAAAACGCGUGCAGAGAAAUAUAGGUUCUUUUGAGAUGAAUGUGUGGGAACCAGUUGAAGAAGAAAAACCAGAUGAGACUGUGGGUUUGGACAGGUUUUCCCUGGGGGCUAGCCUGAGCAGAAGCACCCUCACAGAACUGGGAAAUUCCGUGAUCCACAGUGAAGCAGAUACAGCAGAUACAUUCUCUGAAGCUUUGUCGGUUGAAGAAAAAACUAGGAUACCUUUCUGUCAGAGAAAUUCCCCAGCUAACAUGGAAUUAACACUGAUUGGAAAGCCCAGUGAUAGAAAAAAAAUAUGUAAUCAGAGCAAAAAGCCUAAAAGUAAAGAAGAUCAUGAAAAGCUAUCGCAAAACACACUUCCUGUAAUAGGUAUUUGGGAAUUUGAACGUGAUGAUGAUGAAUAUAUUAAAUUCCUUGAUCUCUUCUUGAGUUAUGUUCUUGAAAGAGACCUACUCAAUUCCAGGGAUCCUGGCAUGCCAUUUCUUACCAGCUUUUCUGCACAUCUUAGAGAACAUGAACUUAAUUCUUUACUUUUUGAUGUACAUACAACAUUAAAACGACGUCAGGGCAAAACUAAAAGCCAGAAUGUGUUUAGAGCUGGCUCUUGCUUUGUUGUUGCUCCUGAGUCACAUGAAUCUGGAAAAGCAUCCUCUUUAAGUGAUGGAUAUACCAUAACUUUAGGAAACCACGCUCUUUCAGCUUCUGAUCUAGUUAGUCAAGGGAUCAGACCUUUUUUAGAGAAGCCUUUGCAUGAAGUCAGUAAAGAUGAAGGAAAGAAUGGAUUGUUUGGUUUAAAAAAAAACUCAAUUUACAGAAUUCAAGAUGGUAAUCGAGAGAAACCUCUGAACCAGAGAUCACCAAACCACAUUUUUUUGUCUCCCAAGACCACUAAAACUAGAAGAUACAGUUUCAAAGCAAUUGAGUGCAAUGAUAUUAACCCUCAGGAAGAUAUUCCUUUGAUACUAAAGAACGCAUUUGGCAGUAUAGGAAGACUGUUGGAGUGGAUGAUAAGGUGGUCUGAUCGAAGACUGCUCUGUGAUUCUGGUAUCACUCAGUCACCCUGUGAAUAUAGUCCAGUAAUUCGUGUAAAGACUUCUACAGCUGCCAUUCUCACCUCAUUGUGGCUUUUGGAGCAACCCUAUUAUUUUGCUACACAUAAGGCAAAAAAUGUCAUUAUUAAGGAACUAGAGACUCAUAUUAAGUCUCAGAUUGGAUGCAGUAUGGAGAGGAGGAUCAACAGUGAUGCUGACUGUUCAGCUGCAGAAGCAAUUCAAGGUGGAACUGAGGAAAGAAAUGAUCAUAAUGAAGUUGGUCAAAAUAUCUUGAAUGGAAUGCCAACUGAAGCAGAAAAUCCUGAAAUAAAAGAAAUCAAUGAUGAGAUUAUUUCAGUCACUCAUAAUACUGAAAAAGAAUUUAUAGAUACCAAUGAGAAUCUUUCAGAAGUAGAAGCAUUUACACAGGAUGAAAUGGAUAUGCACAUGUCAGACUGUGAAGAACAAUCUAUUGGAGGUCUCAAAAAUCCCAAUAUUGCCAAUAACAUGCCAACUUUACCACAGCAAUUAGAAGAGCAUCUGACAGCAGAGGUUCAAUGUCCAAGGGAAGAACCAUGGGAGACAAAUAUGAAAGAAAAAUCAGCUGAACAGACAGGUAUGACCAAAGCCUUUUCAAAUCCUGAACAUAUGGUUUCUCACUCGUUUUGUAUGGAUACAAAUUUGGGAAUUUCUAGUGCACAGAUUUCUGCAUUUAAAGAUACAUCUCCUUCAUUUCUACCUCUGGUAUCAACUGGAGUCAAUGUUGCUUCAGAAACACCUGCUUCAACACCUGGGAAAACCCAGAGAAGUGAACACAGGGCUCAGUUACCAGAUUCUGCAGAUUCUGUUAGACAGAUGCUCCAAGAUGAAAUGUUUAAAUUAGUUCAGCUGCAGCAAAUCAACUUCAUGAGUCUAAUGCAAAUAGUAGGAUCAUCUUUUGCAAACCUCCCAGAUAUGCAUCAGUUUCUACAACAGACUCAGAUUGGGCAUUUGGGGACAAGCCAGGUUUCAAACCCCACAGGAGGGAGUGAUGAUGUUGAAGUCAACAGUAGUAGAAAUCUUAGUCAGAGAUAUUUCAUUAAACCACAAUCCAUGGAAGAGUACACCGGGGAGCCUGGCAAAAAUAACUCACAUGGCCAUGAAGAAAUUAUCCAUUCUGAUCAAAAUAAUAAUGGAAAUCUUCAGAAUGUUCCACAUGGGAGUGUAUCUUCAUGUCAAGUAGAUGGCAAACCCCAAAAGAGAGGACUAACCCCAGCAUUUCAAAGGGUGGCUCCCCCUUCAUUUUCUCUUGCUCCUGCUGGAAAUACUCCCCUUCAUCUUUUGUCCACGCCUUCUGCUGUCUGGAAGACACCUAGGUUUAUCCCACCUGCCAAAACAUUCAGUCCUGGUUCUGGUUUUCCUUUGCUUCAGUUUCAGCAUAAGCAUGAAUUCAAGCCCCUUUCCUUACAAGCAGGAAGAGUUCCACACAUUCCCUUCCAGCCUCUGGCCCAGCCAAGAGAGGCUUGGGGGUUGUCUGGUGGCUUCCAGCAUCCUUUGCCACAGGGAAAAAUAUCCACUACCUCAGGAUCCCACUUGAACUCAAGCCAGUGCAGUACUGAAGCCACAAACAAAGCAACUGAGCAGAAGAGAUGGGCAGAAACUGUAGUUACAGAUGUUUGUACAAAUGUGAACUUCAAUUCAUAUAUUGGAGAAGAAAACGUGACAUCUCAACAGGACUCUGUAAUAUUAAUAAAGCCAGAAAAACUAUAUGAUGCUAAGCCAGGGUCCCUUAAGAUAUCUCCUGAGAAUUCCUUUGGACUUCCAUUAUUGCACCUGCAAUUUAAAUCUCCUUAUAUGUUUUCUUCAGCCACAAGAGCAUCAAUUACAGUUCCCCCAAGACCUAUUAGAACUGUAGCAGAAGAAAGAAAAUACCCACAACUAUCAUUAUUGCAUUCAUGUCUGUCUGCAGAUAAUAUGUACAAGAAACCACAACUUAUCCCACUUGAAAAUCUCAUUGCAUUUAAACAAAGGCAGCAGAAAAACAUACAUGAUUUAUUGGAACAAGGGGAUUCUGGUUGCCUUCAGCUUCUCAAUGUCAAAGUAGAACCAUCUGGAACAAGACAAGGAAAGAACAGUCAAAAAAGGCAAAGAAGACGAACUGAGAAAGAGUUGCAAGAAAAAAGAUCUGAGAAACUGAGGACAACAAAAACAAGUGUGAGUUUCUGGCCAGAGGAUUCCUUCAUUAAUAAUGAUAACUCAGAAAUUGCCAUGAAACCCAAGGAACACGAAGAACAUAUUUCUCAACCUUUGGAGGAUUUCAGCAUUCCUUUUGAAAUGCUGAAAGAUGAUGUUAAUACUUCAGCUGGAUUGCACUUCAUGGCCUCUGUACAAAAGAAAGCUAUAGGAACUCAGGAUGUAAGCACAAACACAGACCCAGAUAAGGAAGUUGUUUCUCAAGAAGUUGUUUCUGAAUGUGAUAAAAAUCAGCAUAUCAUUUCUUCCACUUUAGAAUAUGAACCUUUGACCGUUCCUCAGUUGUUGGUUCCAGAUGUACAUCUCAAUGUCAAACUUCCCACUGAAAUAUCAGAGAAAUCUUUGUCACCUUUAGCACCUCAUAUGGUUGAACACAAUUAUAUAAAUGUGAUUGACAUUGAAGCUGAUGAUCUACAGGAAUUACCUGUCAGAGCAGAGUCUUUGAAUGAGAAUGUUAUCCAACAGCAAAGCGAUCAUCUGGAGGUCCCAUCGUCUGCAGAGUUACAUUAUCUGGCAGCUUCCAUUACCAGUACUUUUCCCCCACACAAUUUUAAAAGUCAAGAAUCUGCCAGUUCUACUGUGGAUUUAUUUUCUGAACCUGCAAAAGUGACUCCAGCCUGUCUGGAUGAAAAAUCCUGGAGAGCAGACUUAACAGAAGUGAAGAAACCUGGGAUCUCUUCAGUGAUUCCAUCAGAAAAACAUCAGGACCAAGGUUCCACAAAGCUGGACCCUGCUUGGUGGUUGCAAGAUGCUUGUUCAUUGUCUAUCAACAGUGGGCACUCAGGAGAUCUGCCAAAACCAAGGUUCCAGUUCCAGGAAGAGAGCACAAAGUCAGACUCUGCAGAAGAUUAUCUUCUGUGGAAACUGCUGCAGGAUGUCCCUGCAGCUUGCCAUCCUGCAGUUCGCCCUGUGCCAAGCCCUGCAGCUUGCCGACUAGAGCAUCUCUCCUCUAAGCUUCAGAAAAUUGACGAGCAGCUGUUAGCAAUACAGAACAUUGCGGAGAACAUAGAGCAGGAUUUCCCCAGACCUGAAAUGCUAAAUUUGCAUCAUGAAAAGAUUGGACAAAUGGAUCAUGUUGAAUCCUCUUCUGUUCCUGAAUACAAAAAAGCAGUAGCUUCAAAAACCAUCGGCAUUUCUGAAGUGAAUUUUCUGACUCACAUGGAUGAAGAAGAUCAAAGUGACAAAGAGGAAUCUUCAGAAGCUGCAUUUUCAGGAACAGAAAAUCAUUCUAGUCAGAAAACCUGUGUGUUCCCUUCUGCUGAUUCAGCUGUCAACCUUUCAAAUGAUCAGAAUACUAUAUCACCUGAUGUGAAUAACAGUGAUGAAUUAUUUGAAAGGACGUUGAGAAUGCAAGGCAGAUACUUUGCCACUGAGCUACAUCCCAGUUCACAUCCCUUGCUUUUUAAACACAGUAUUUCAGUAGAUCCACUCCAGAUGGCUGGAUUAGCUGAUGUUGCAGAUAUCAUCAAUGACCUUAUAACUAGAGGCGGAGUUUCCAGUAAAGAGCUUGGCUUAACAGAACAACAAGCUAGGAGUAUCUCCAGGAUUCAACAUUCUUCUGUCAGAUGUACACAAAGAACUGAGAAGGAGAGAAGAGAGAUCCGAAUCUGGAUGAAAAGAAAACAAAAAGAAAGAAUGACAGAGUACUUAAAUCAGCUGGCAGAAAAGAGAGGGCAAGAACAUGAUCCCUUCUGUGCCAGAAACAAUCCAUUUUACUUGACAUCAAGAGAAAUCAGGCUGAGACAAAAGAUGAAGCGUGAAAAAGAUAGGUUGCUGCUCUCUGACCACUAUAGUCGUCGAAUCACACAAGCAUAUAGUCUGAUGAAUGAACUAUUAUCAGAAUCGGUUCAGCUACCAGUAACUGUACAGAAACCAUCACCUAACAAACCCAGCACUGCUUGGCAUUCUGGACACCAGUGGUGCCCUUCUCCAAGGAGAGAGAAUCACCAUGGGCACAAUUUUCCAAUAAAUCUACCUGGAAAAGUCAGAUGUAUUUCAAAAUCAAGCCAUACCCAUAAGGGGAAAACACUUGGGCAGCCUCAAGAGUCACGUUGGCCAUGUGGGACUGCCACUUUCACCAUAGAGAAAAGAGCUGGUGGAGCCAAAGAGGCAGUAAGAAAAGCUGUACAGUCUCCAGUAACCUUCCCAAAAGUUCUCACCUUAAAUCUGGCUGAAAGUAGCCAGCAAAAACCAUGGUGUUGCCUAAAGGUUUUGCUGCCCUGAAAAUUCCUCUGCCAUCAGCCUCCCUUAAGUUCAACCUCACACAAGAUCUUAGGACAUGGACAAAAGGCAUCAAAAUUCCUUGUGAUGUAACAUGGUGGCCCCUAGUCCAGUUUCCAGAAGUCCUCAUAUCCAUCUGAAACCUUGUGAGUCUGAACUUCACUGUACACAUUCCCCUUAGCAUUCUGGUCUUCUGAGCUCCCAGCAGAAUCACCCAUCAAGCUCUGUUUACAGCACUCUAGGCAUUCUCUGACCUGCUUCUCCAAAGUUUACCACACUGUUCCCACGACCCAGUUCCAAAGGCACCUACGUCAUCAGUUAUAGUCCAGCAGUGGCCCUACUUUUCAGUACCAAUAUUCCAUGUUAGUCAGCUUUCUGUCAUUAUGACAAAAUACGUAUAAAGAGAAAAGGUCUCUUUUGGCUCAUGGUUUCAGAGGUCUCCGUCCAUGAUUGCUUGGCCCCUCUGCCUGAGGCAGCAUACUGUAUCACAGUGGGAGCUAUGGCAGAGGAAGCUGCUCACCUCAGGAAGGGGCCAGGGUCACAGUACCACCUCCAGAGUAUGUGCUAUCAACUUCCUUCCUCCAGGCCCUGCUCUUACAGGUAUCAUGGGGGGGUGGGGGACCAGGCCUUCAACACCUGGGCUUUAGGGGGACAUUCAAGAUCCAAACUAUAGCACACCCUUAUCUUACGCUGUCCAUAAAACUAACUCAAAAUGGAUCAAAGACUUAAGUAGAAAAGCUAAAACCAUAAAAUUCACAGGAGAAAAUGGGAAAGUUGACAUUGGCCUUGAAUAUUGAACCAAAAAAAUAAACUCCCAAACAGAAAUAAAUAAAUGGUACUACAACCACCUGAAAAACCUCCACACAACAAAAUGAAAAGGCAACCCACGGUUUUGGAUUUACAAACGGUUUACAAACAAACCGUAUAUCAGGGGAUUAAUAUCCAGGAUUUCUAAAGAACUCGUAUAGGGGCUGGGGUUGUAGCUCAGCGGUAGAGCGCUUGCUUAGCACAUGUGAGGCACUGGGUU